AUGCUCCCGGCUCCGGCCCCGCUCCGAUCCGACCCCAGCCGGCCCCCGAGCAGCCCUGCUCCCUCCCCGGCUCCGCUGCUGGAAGGCCAAGGCGGCAGUAGCAGCAGCAGCCCCGGGGAUGCCCUCAUCUCCCGCGGCAAAGCCGAGCCGAGCCGAGCGCUCCCCGCUCCGCCGGAGCCUCAUCCAGGACAACCCCGCGACCUGCGCGGAGUUCCGGAGCACCCACCCAAACUUUCCCUGCCGACCCGAGGGGGGCAGGAGCAUCCCUCCAGUGUCCCCCCGGGCUGUCCCCCGAGCCCCCACACUCACAUGCCCCGCUGCAGGCGCGGCUCGGCGGCCAGAGCGCAGCCCAGCAGCACGGAGAGCAGCGCCGGCCCGGCUGCCAUGGCGCUGCCGGCCGCGGGCACGGAGCUGCGGCGGCACCAACACCCGCAGCAGCGGCAGCAGCGGCAGCAGCGGCAGCCCCGGCCCCCGGAUCAUUUAAAGCGGCGGCAGAGCCGCGCCACGGGCGGGGCGGGCCCGGCCCGGCCCGGCCCCAUCCCCGCCCCGCGGGCAGAGCCGCGCCCGCCGCGGAGCGCAGCGCUGGGCGGGAGCAUCCCCGGGGCAUCCCCGGGAACAGCGCCCGGGACCGCCGUGAAGGGAGACCCGCAAAAGGGAGACCCGCAAAGGGAGCUCCGCAGCCCCGCAAAGGGAGACCCACAAAGGGGAGCUCCGCAACCCCGCCAAGGGAGACCCGCAAAGGGCGCUCCGCAGCCCCGCACGGGGAGCUCCGCAGCCCCGCAAAGGGAGACCCGCCAAGGGAGCUCCCAGCCCCGCAAGGGGAGCUCCACAGCCCCGCAAGGGCGCUCGGCAGCCCCCCGGGCUGUUUUCAGUGUCCGUGCGGGGAUGUGCAGCCCCCGCGCUCCCUGCGCUGCCGGGAUGCCAGCGCUCCUGCUGCGCUGA